CUCGGCGAGAGACUUCAGCUCUCGCGAGAGAGAACUGCGUCUGCGCAGAGCCGAGGGCGCGUUCGGCGCCGAUUCAAACUAGUGGCGGGAGGCUGUGAGGUGAGCGGUGUUGUCCGCCUACGCCUGGAGUCCUUCCCGGGUGUGCUCAGCAUGGACCCUAUCCGGAGCUUCUGUGGGAAGCUGCGGUCUCUGGCCAGCACGCUGGACUGCGAGACGGCCCGGCUGCAGCGAGCGCUGGACGGAGAGGAAAGCGACUUUGAAGAUUAUCCAAUGAGAAUUUUAUAUGACCUUCAUUCAGAAGUUCAGACUCUAAAGGAUGAUGUUAACAUUCUUCUUGAUAAAGCAAGAUUGGAAAAUCAAGAAGGCUUUGAUUUCAUAAAGGCAACAAAAGUACUAAUGGAAAAAAAUUCAAUGGAUAUUAUGAAAAUACGAGAGUAUUUCCAGAAGUAUGGAUAUAGUCCACGUGUCAAGAAAAAUUCAGUACACGAGCAAGAAGCCAUUAACUCUGACCCAGAGUUGUCUAAUUGUGAAAAUAUUCAGAAGCCUGAUGUGAAAGAUGAUCUGUCUGAUCCUCCUGUUGAAAGUAGUUGUGUUUCUGAGAAGUCUCCACGUAGUCCACAACUUUCAGAUUUUGGACUUGAGCGGUACAUGGUAUCCCAGGUUCCACUAAACCCUCCACAGGCAGUGAACAACUAUAAGGAAGAGCUUGUAAUUGUAACUCCACCUACCAAGCAAUCACUAGUAAAAGUACUAAAAACUCCAAAAUGUGCACUAAAAAUGGAUGAUUUUGAGUGUGUAACUCCUAAAUUAGAACACUUUGGUAUCUCUGAAUAUACUAUGUGUUUAAAUGAAGAUUACACAAUGGGACUUAAAAAUGUGAGGAAUAAUAAACGUGAGGAGGCCAUAGAUACAGAAUCCAGGCCCAAUGAUAAUGUUUUUGCCACUCCUGGCUCCACUAUCCAGCAGCUGGAAAAAAGUGAUGCCGAGUAUACCAAUUCUCCUUUGGUACCUACAUUCUGUACUCCUGGUUUGAAAAUUCCAUCUACAAAGAACAGCAUAGCUUUGGUAUCCACAAAUUACCCAUUAUCAAAAACAAAUAGUUCACCAAAUGAUUUGGAAGUUAAAGAUCAUACUUCGUUGGUUUUAAAUUCAGACACAUGCUUUGAGAAUUUAACAGAUCCCUCUUCACCUACGAUUUCUUCUUACGAGAAUCUGCUCAGAACACCUACGCCUCCAGAAGUAACUAAAAUUCCAGAAGAUAUUCUCCAGCUUUUAUCAAAAUACAACUCAAACCUAGCUACUCCAGUAGCAAUUAAAGCAGUGCCACCCAGUAAAAGGUUCCUUAAACAUGGACAGAACAUCCAAGAUGUCACCAACAAAGAAAACUGAAAUUCUAAUGGAUCUAUCCAUUACAAGAACCUGAACAGAAUGAGAUUAAAGCAGAGCUGGACCAAUUUUAUCAUUCACAUUCCCCUGCCUCUUUCCCCUUUUUAAACAUUGACUCAUUUUAAAGAGGAACAUGAACAUUAACAUCAUAA